CCGACGCCCACCGCUCAACACGCACAGCAAUAGCCCCGUACAACCGCCACCCCCAGCGCCGCCCUCGCUGCGGAUAUGAAUUGACCCCGCCGUCCCAAAGCUCCAUCCUCGCUCGCACUGCUCCUGGAAGCUGGGGGAGCUGCUGGAGCACGUCGCCUACCAUGAAAAGAAAAUUCUCGUUCAACCUUGCGCCCGUGAAGGUGCCCUCGAAGUCCGAAGCACAGACGAAGCCCACCCCAGAGCUCACUCCCUCACACUCGCACCGGCGACAUCAUUCAAAAGACAGCGUUUCGUCUCUGGGCUCGCCCUUCAUCAACCGUCGCCCGCUCUCUCCCAAAGUCGAACACGAGCUGCGCGCCGCGUGUGCUCUUAUUCUGCAAGACUUUAAGCCCUCUGGUCAUGUAUUCGAGGGCCAGUCCAAGCCGAGACGAGAUUUGGAGAGCGUGAACAGGCGGAAGGAACACGGAAUCGGCUCGUCGCAGGUCCAAGUCCACAGGCCGACGGGAGCUCCAGCUGAGCCGAGGAGUUCACACGAUGCGAGGAAGCAGGCACACAAAGUCGACACUUCCGCAAAGGAAUGCCCGGACCUUCCCAUGAAGGCAAAUACCGGCCGCCGCCGAGUUGAUCACACGGAGAAUGUGUCCAACAGAGAACACGAGACAGUGACAAAGACAAAGUCGUCCCUUUCGAUGGAUGUCCAGAGAACAACGGCGAACCGUCCUGAAAUGGACCUUGACGAUGCCACAAGCCUGCGGACGCCGCUGACGAGCUCAACCGAGACCCAUCUAAACAAUGGAUCGACGGCACCUACCUCAGCGGCUUUGACGUCUGGCCGAAGCUCAAAGAGAGCUUCGCGGCAAUUCGAUAGUGCAGCCGCUCUCGCUGACGCACAGGCUGCUGACUGGAUGCGGCAGGAGCUAGAAAAGAGGAGACAACAGCAUGCUAACCAGCCUGAACCACCCACGCCAACUCGAGCCCCGAGUCGCGGGAGAAGCAUCCGAUCUGAGCUUAAGGAGUACAUCUUCCCAGGUUCCACUGCUUUGAGCAGGACCCAGUCCAACGAAUCAAUGCGCAGUCAGGCAUCAUCCCAACCGAAGCGUAGCAGCUCUUCGCACGGAUGGCGAAGCUGGGGCCUGCAGCGCAAGUCUAGUUCCAGGAGCAAUAGCAGGCCAGGAACUUCAAAGGGUCGCAUAGAGACACAAGACCAAGAGAGGAAGCCCGAUGUCGACUUGAAUCGUGAGCUCCCACCACUUCCGAGCUUGGACUCGUGGGACCAGCAACAGAAGCAGAAGCGGAAGUCCCAAGCUCAGGGUGCCCACAUCGCGACUCUCAUGCGUUCGCAGGAUCAGCAGCAGCAGGAUUACGCUGCAGCUGUUCGGAGACAUCACCGAAGGAGCGGAUCCGACACUCUAGCGAUGCGAUACGCGAACUCGACCUUCCCUCAGCCUUCUGCGCAGGUUGCUCGGACCCCCUCCCAUGUACAGAAAGUCCAGAUCGUUGCGGCUCCAAAGCAGACGUCGAGAGCCGGACACAAACCAGAGUUCUCCAUGGACUUCGAUCAACUGAUGUCGGCAAUGGACUCGUCCAAGAACUUUGACGAUCAACUAAGGCUCCGAGUCAAUAGUCAUGCUCAUCAGCAUAGUACAAGCACUGCCCCCGGGUCUCCGGGCAUGAAAAUGAGCUCUGAUCAAGGCCGCUUGGAAGCACCGCCAAACUUUUCGAGAAAGAUUAGCGCAGACGUAGCAAGUAUGCAUCGCAAUAACGAUUUCGCCUAUCCAAAUGUUGUUCAAAUUAAACCACAACAUGACACACCCAGGGAGGAAAAGGGCUCAAAGCUCAGGAAGGUGUUGAGCGGAUGGAUGUUAAGGAAGGACAAGAAGGAGAAUUGGAUGGAUCAAUUCGAAAAGAACGGGAUCAAGGGCGGCGUUAUGAUUCAGGACGAAGCGGCGUUGUCUCCUAUUGUGCGAUACUAAUAUUCGUAGUAGUAUUCGUUUCCUUUGUUGUUGGAUGUACAGUCCUGGAUCGUGGCAAAUGGGAUUGGAUGAAUACUUCCCUCGAGCCUUUCUGGAUUCAUGAAUAAUGGGAGAAAAAUGAUGGGUAACGGAUAAUGCGAGAUACGCAACGAAUUGACGAGACGGGUCGUCUGGUAUUACUCAUCGCCUAUGCGCAGCACUAUACCUUUUCUUUUGUAUCACAGUGUACGUACGGAAGCGGGAUAUUCUAAUCAAGCAG